AUGCCUCCAAGAGUCGGGAGACGCACAGACAGGGGCACGGCCACCACCAAAAGAGGGCCAGGAAGGUGGCACAGCCGACGGGACCGGAGGAGAGAGCGGAUGGGUCUCUCGAUGGAGAACCGAAGCCGAAGACGAAACACCAUCACAAGGCCUUUCACCACAAGGAAGACGUCCCUCAAGCGGAUCGACACCACGUGCACCCCGGGUUCCACCACAGGCCGGGAGACAAGAAGAUCGAGCACGGCUGGAGACAUCAGCACCGGCAGUGGCAUCACCGCGAGGAGCUCAAGAAGCUGGGGACCCCCUUCAGCCUGGGACGCGCCGUCGCCAGGAAGCGCAAGGAGGCCAUCGACAGCUACGUCAGCAGGCGGGUUUCCACUCUGGACUUUACCGACUCGAAGAAGUGGAGAGCAGGGGGGCUUUGGCUAAUCAUCGUCGGUUGCAUCUCUAUCGCGUUCUGCAUCGUCAUCGGAAACUUCCAGCCCAGGCCACUGAAGAAAAUGUCGUGAUCUACAAGAUCUACGAGGUCCACGGUACUGCUGCAUGGCAUACGUUAUGCACAACUCGGCUCCCACGGUGGCAUCUCUGAGAACCAGCAGAAAGGCAGGGAGCGGGGGGCGGGCACGGUCAGAAGAGAUUCGACAAGGAGGAAAAUAAGGGAUUCGAGAAGGAGAAAAAGAAAGAAAAAUCGCUGGCACAGAGACAGAAGAGGCCUGGCUGGCCGUCAAGACACAUGACAUCCUGCCUUCACUUCCAUCACUUCCAUCACUUCCAUCACUUCCAUCACUCACUUCUGUUUUCUUUCCUUUCUGGCGUCGCCCCUCUAGAAAAGGUGGUAUUGUAGUGUUUGUUGGUGUGGUUGUAUGUGAGGGUCUUACGCCCCUCCACUGCCGUGCCGUGCUGUAACGCUCUAGCUCCGCCGGCGGCGAGUCGUCGAUCUCGACUCUUUGAAGGGGUCGGGGAGGUUGCUCGUGAGACCUAGAUGCCCUUCGACUGUGGGAUAUUAUCUCGAAUGGGUACAAUAGUCUGUUAGUCUUUCUUUGAUUUUAUGCAUGUUUGCUGAAGCUGGGGCCUGUGGAACACAGCGGGAGUUCGAAAGAUGAACCCCUCGUCGUGGGUGACAAGUGAAAGCCAGCACCAUAACGGGAGGAUUGGAGACAUACUGGCGUGGUUUCGGGGUGUAGGGGAUAGGAAGUGGACUCUUGAUGAGUGGUUGGGUGUGGCCGAGCCUGGAGGCGUUACGACGGUUUCUUCAUGUUUGAUGAUGAUAUGCUCUUCCUCCUCCGUCGCUGUGGCUGGCCGACCUCUCACUUUUCGUCACCCCUCCCUGUCUUCUGCCUUCCUUUCCUUCCCGCGAGAAGAGCGUGGUGCUUCAAGGAGGACGCGUUUUGAUCGGGUGCCGAGCAAUCUAUAGUAGUUACCGUAGGUUGCAUGUACGUGAGGUACCACACCUCCUGCACCGAUGUUCAACGGCCGACUACUUGCAUCAAUGCUACUAUAUUAGCAGUGAUCGCGCCCAAAAUUUCGACGUUGGAGCCGCCUCGUCGACAACUUUUCGAAAACGUCUCACUUGAUUUGUACAUCUGGUCGUGGA